CUCUCUCACUCAUCGUUGCAGAAAUGGGAGUAGAGUACAUUUGAGACAGUGUAUUCAAUGGAGAAGAAGAGCCAGAGGCAUGAUAGGUAGGCUAGAUAUGAAACGUGCCAUUCCGAGUUCGGUUGUAGAGUUGCCAAUAUGCCUUUAAUAUAAUGUUUUUUUUUACAUAGCCAUAUAUUAUUGGAUGCAAGAGACAUGUUAAUCCAAUUUUUAUAGUGCGCCUAGGAAACGUCUUGUCACGAUAACGCGACAUGAACAAAUAGUCAAUUUGAAAGUGAGACAAACAACAAUAACUGGGUGACGGCGGCGAACUAUGAACCGAGGAUGAUUUCUUCAAAGAAAACUCCGGAAAAGAAUCGUUAUGUUAUCCACUAUUUAGUGUGGCACAACAAGCAUCGGCAGCUUGAGAAAGAGCUAUCGGCAGACGAGCAGGUGGAUCUGGAGGCCCUGGACCCCCGGGGCAGAACCCCCCUGCACAUGGCUGUGACCCUGGGUCACCUGGAGUGCGCCCGCCUGCUUCUCCUGCGCGGUGCUGACGUCAGCAAGCAGAACCGCAACGGCUGGACCGUGCUCCAGGAAGCUGUCAGCACACGUGAUCCAGAGCUGGUGCGUCUGGUUCUGCAUUACCGUGACUACCAGCGGACUGCCAAGAGGCUGGCAGGUAUUCCUGUCCUGCUGGAGAGACUGCGGCAGGCCCAGGACUUCUAUGUAGAGAUGAAGUGGGAGUUUACUAGCUGGGUGCCCUUGGUGUCACGUAUCUGCCCCAGCGAUACCUACCGAGUGUGGAAGAGUGGCCAGUGUUUGCGUAUAGACACCACCUUGAUGGGCUUCGAACAGAUGACCUGGCAGAGAGGAAACCGCAGCUUCAUUUUCCGGGGCCAAGCAGAUUCCAGUGCGGAGGUCAUGGAGGUGGACCAUGACAGACAGCUGGUGUUCUGUGAGACCCUGUGUGUGUCCUCGCUCACAGCGCCCUCACCUGGCGGCGGGGGAGGUGGCGGUGGCAGCAGCGGCUGCAGUACCAGCCUUGGCCUGCUGGGGGCACUGCAGCCCAGCGAGGAGCAGGUAGCGGGGAGGCUGUCUGCUGCCGUGGUCACCACCCAGCUGGACACCAAGAACAUUGCCUUUGAAAGGAAUAAGACAGGCAUCCUGGGCUGGCGGAGUGAGAAGACCGAGAUGGUGAACGGAUAUGAAGCCAAGGUGUACGGAGCGUCUAACGUGGAGCUGGUCACCAGGACCAGGACUGACCACCUCUCUGACCAGAAUAAGGCCAAGCCUAAAGGUGGUAAGACUCCUCUGCAGUCCUUCUUAGGCAUAGCAGAGCAACAUAUGGGCCCUAACAACGGGGCCCUGGUGACUCAGAUGGCUUGUCCUGCUGUGACCAACCCCACGGCCUUGACGGCUGAGGAGUAUUUCAAUCCAAGUCUGACCCUGGGCACCAGAGAUAUCGGCCACCCCUGCCAACUCACCACCAAGACCCAGAGGUUCAAGGCCAAGCUGUGGCUGUGUGAGUCCCAUCCUCUCUCGUUGGCUGAGCAGGUGGCACCAAUCAUUGACCUCAUGGCCAUAUCCAACGCUCUAUUCGCCAAGCUCCGUGACUUCAUCACCCUGCGUUUGCCACCAGGCUUCCCUGUCAAGAUAGAAAUCCCCAUCUACCACAUUCUAAACGCCCGGAUCACCUUCGGCAACCUGAACGGCUGUGAGGAGGGGGCGGUGACGGGGCGGGGGGAAGCCGAUUCAGAGGGGGAGGGGCAGAAGGACCCCCCCAGGAUAGACACACCCUCCCCGGGCAGCGACUCCUCCAGUGUCUCCAGCUCCAGUUCCACCACGUCAUGCCGAGGUGGGGAGAUUCCCCCCUGCGUGUUCGAUCCCCCCCAGGGCUACAGUGUGCUGGGGGGCAAACAGAGGGAGGGCAUCCGGGAGGAGGAGGAGGAUCUGCUGCAGUUUGCCAUCCAGCAGAGUCUCCUUGAAGUGGGGACAGAGUAUGACCAGGUGACCAUCUGGGAGGCCCUGGCCAAUAGCAAGCCAGGAGCACAACCCCUUUCCUGUGACCCCAGUCGUCUGGAACGGACCCCCCAGCACAAGCCCCGCCCACCCAGCCGAUGCUCCACCCCCACCAAGAAGUCUCCCUCCAGCUAUGACGAGCAGCUCCGCAUUGCCAUGGAGAUAUCGGCGCGCGAGCAGGAAGAGGCGGAUCAGCGCAGGAGGCAGGAAGAGGACGAGCUACAGCGUAUCAUCCAGCUGUCACUCAUGGAGAAAUGAGAGGCUAUUGGUCCAUGUGGGGUCUAGGGGAGGGGAAGGGAGAGGAUGAAUGAGCCAGAGGACCCUAACCCUCCCCAGAUUAUGACAACAUCUCUCCCUUGACUACAAUCAUGUCCAGCUGCCUAAAUUGUCAUUCUGUAUGUCUGUCUGUCCAUCGGAUUGACUGAAGAUCAGCCUGUCCGUCUAUGUGUCCAUCUGUCUGUCUGUCUGUGGACCCUACAUCGCUGGUCUGACAGAAUUCUCUGUGGUGCUGGCCUGCUACCCUCCCCAUCACAAGACUAAAGAAAUAUCUCAUCAUAAUGGAAUGAAUGUCUCACCGACUGCCCACUCCAGUUGUGCUAGCUAGGAGCUAGGUUGCGUGUGCACGUGUGUGUGCACGUGUGUGUGCACUUGUAUGUAGGUGUGGGGGGGGGAGCAUACAUGUUGGAUGUCUGUGUUGCAUCUCCAGCCGUCUCAGAGUGUUCAGCACCAGAUGAUUGACUCCGGUCCUGCAUAGCUGCAGGGGUAGGCAGACUAGUCCAGCCCAGCCACAACACUCCUGGAUCAGACAAUCAGCCGAGGCAGGUGUGUGUGAGUGCUGGGGUAGAAAUCUGCUCGCACACGAGUGAACUGUCCAGGACCGGAGACAAUGACCCCUCUUCACAGAGGGUUAAUAGAGGAGGGCGGAUGUGGGGGAAUUGUAACCAAGGAAACGUCUUGUUCUGAACAGAUUGCUACGUUUGUUUUGAUUAGCAAUGUAGUGUUUGAUUUGAUUAGUAGAUGUAGAUGUAGUGCACUAAGAGUGUGGGUGGGCUCUAUUUGACUGUUAAUGGUUCUAGUUAAUGCUUGUUUCUUAACAAGUCUGAGUAGGCCUGCUGACAAGUUUAGGUUUCUCAGAGGGUUUUCACUCUAUAAUGGAGAACAUUCGUCCAGCAUUCGAUUCGGUGUUUCCCGAAAUGCUUUGCAGGGCUUCCUGUAGUGGUACUUAGAGAGGGGUUAGAGAGCUGCAGAGAUACAGGAAACUCACCCACUUUGUCAGCACUAGAACAUUAGAAGCACAUAUGUGAAUAGGAAUGAGGAAGCAGGUCUCUCUGUCACUGUAGUCAGGGUAAAAUGUAUGUGAUGUACGCUUGAGCGGUUGGUGUUCUGUCUGAAAAGCUCCUUCAGAAAAAGUCUGCAGAAACAAGAGGGUUAAACCGUGUUUUAGUGUCCUGCUUGGGGGGGGUGCGUGUCUGCUUGGGGGGGG